GCGCCGGGCCCAGCCCGCCCAUGAAGCCGCCCGCGGCGCAGGGCAGCCCCGCGGCCGCCGCGGCCGCAGCCCCGGCCUUGGACUCGGCGGCCGCCGGGGACCUGACGGACGCGCUGUGCGAGUUUGACGCGGUGCUGGCCGACUUCGCGUCGCCCUUCCACGAGCGCCACUUCCACUACGAGGAGCACCUGGAGCGCAUGAAGCGGCGGAGCAGCGCCAGCGUUAGCGACAGCAGCGGCUUCAGCGACUCCGAGAGUGCAGAUUCGCUUUAUAGGAACAGCUUCAGCUUCAGUGAUGAGAAACUGAAUUCUCCCACAGACUCGACCGCAGCUCUGCUCUCUCCCGCUGUCGCUCCUCGGAAAGCCAAACUAGGAGACACGAAAGAGCUAGAAGACUUUAUUGCUGAUCUUGACAGAACGUUAGCAAGUAUGUGAAACAAGGAGAAGUUCUGGGUUCUUUCAUCAUAAGGUGGAAGCUUCAGAAAGCUCUGAGGACCUGGUAAAAUCAGCUACAGAAUUUGCUGCCAGAGGAGGCGGAGAUGCGUGCUCACCUGCCACCAGGCUGUUCUCAGGCACAUCCUAAAACCAGCCUUGGGACUCAUCUCUGGGCAAUUUAGACAGUGAAACUGACUUCGUUUACCUGCUUGCAGCGUAUUAGAACAGAUGACCCUUGCUAAUAUUGUAUUUUCUCUUAAAACAUAGCUUUCCUGUAAUUUAAAUUGCUUUUAUGAAAAUAUUUGUAAUUAAUUAUAUAUAGUUGGAAACAGUAAUAUGCUUUUCCCAUUAUAAUAUAUUUUUGUAUGCAAAUAAAAUUUGAACUGGA